UCAGACUCAAGACAGAAACACACGACCGAAAAAAUGGAGCAAACUCUAUAUUUCAUUCUUCUUCUCGUUGCUCUCUGCUCCGUAUCUGAAUGUGUUCAGCGUCAGUAUCACUUUAUAAAUGAGAAGAAGACCUGGACUGAAGCUCAGAGAUACUGCAGAGAGAAAUACACAGAUCUGGCCACCGCUGACAACAUGAACGACAUGAACGAGCUGAUGAAGAGUGUGAUUAAUGAACGUUUCUGGAUUGGGCUGCAGAAGACGGGUCGUGAUCAAUGGUAUUGGUCUUCAGGUGAACCUGUUCUCUAUCUGAACUGGGCGACUGGACAACCUCAAAAUAACAAUUGUUCUAUGAUGAAAAAUGGAGAAUGGCAUGUUGUGGGAUGUGAUAGGUCCCUGACUUUCAUCUGCAGUUCAUCCAAUAACACGAACACAAGACUCGUCUUUGUCAAUCAGACGAUGAACUGGAGAAACGCUCAGAGAUACUGCAGACAGAAUCACACUGAUCUGGUCAGUGUGAGAAACCAGGAUGAGAAUCAACAGAUUGAGAAGAUCAUGAAUGACAGUCUGAUAUCUGAAGCUUGGAUCGGUCUGUUCAGAGACUCAUGGCAGUGGUCAGAUCGGAGUAACUCUUCAUUCAGAAACUGGAACACUCAUGAACCUAAUAAUGUUGGAGGUGAUGAAAACUGUACAGCUGUUGAAAAGAGCGCUCGGGGACAAUGGAAUGACAUCUCUUGCACCAAUCAGCUUCCUUUACAUGAACGCCUAUUUCCUUUUGUGUGUCAUGAAGAUAAACUGAUUGUGAUCAGAGAGAAUCUGACGUGGUCUGAAGCUCUGAGAUACUGCAGACAGAAUCAUGUGGAUCUGGUCUCGGUUCAUUCAGAAGAGAUGCAGCGUGAGGUGAUGAACGUGGUUAAACGAGCGUCUACUGCGGAGCUGUGGUUGGGUUUACACAACUACUGCAUCAUGAACAUGUGGCUCUGGGUGAGUGGAGAGACCGUGUGCUAUCAGAACUGGGCUCCAGGGAACGGAACGGAACCAGAAAACUGUAAACUUGAGAAGAGAAAAGGAGCAGUUCAGUCUGGAGGAGAUCAGCGCUGGAUCAGCCGUCCUGAAACUGACAAACUCAACUUCAUCUGCAGCAGAUAUUAAGAGUGAAGGACAUGUAAAUUGUGUGUUUUCUUAUUCAAUCUUUUUACACUUCACUGUUUUUCUGAUUUACUCAUAUUUUUUCUUUGAUAGCUUCUGAGUGAAUCUGAUUAUUUGGUUUUAAAAGUGUCAAAGUCUUACUUAAGACUCAAAAGAAUUAUAAUGACAUAAUACAAUAUUAUCAAAAUUUCAUCAAUGUUAAGAUUUUUGUAUUGUUUUAAACACUCAGAUGAUAUAUGUGUGUUUUAAGAAUCUCUCUGUAUAUCUGGUGGAGUUAAAUAUCUUUGUUUUGCACUAAUCAUAUAUUAUAUUAGAAAUGACUGUUAAUCGUGUUUCUUGGAGCAGCAGCUCUAUAUUCAUUGUUUCUCAGCAGAAUGAAAUCUGGUUAGUAAUUGAAAAGCAAACAGGAAAGAUCAAAACCAUGACAUAAUCACAUGAUAACACAAGAUCAGCUCAAAUAAACUCAUCUACAGCCAAUAUUAUCGCUUCUUCGUUAGAUUUCCUUAAGAUGUGACAAUGAAUUGGAAAUUAUACGUAACAAACAUGUAAACUUUCCUUUUUAUUGUUGAUUUAUUAGGUUGAUAUCUAGGAUAUAUUGUCACUUACAAAACAUUCACAUUUCAGCCAUGGCCGUAGCCAGGCUUUGAAAAUUAGUGAGGUCCAGGGGGUUUCUAUAGUGGAGUGUCUAUUUACACUAAGUAU